UCGUCUUCCCUUCUCGCCAUCCUCCUCUCCUUCGCUGCGGCGCAAGCGCGAAAUUUUUUUUUUACUGCUUUGCUACUUUUGGGGACCUCAAGGCCUCUCAAAUCCAGAGGAGGAGGAGGAGAGAAAAAGGGAGGUGGAGAGCGCUCUCGCUCGCCGUCCAGCCAAGAAAAGAAAAAGGUUUCCUCUUUGCUGCUGCUGCUACGCGCCCUCCUCCCACCUCCUCCCCGAUCUGGUCAUUCGCGUUGGCGGCGGUUGUUCCUGGUGCCGGCAGGUUCUUGGAUCCUGGAUUUGGCUGUGCGGGGAGCGGAAAGAUUGGAUUUUUUUUUUUGUUCUGCUGGGAGCGGUGGGGUGGGGCGAUGGGGGCGUCGCUGCCGUCGCCUGAUCCGAUGAGGCCCGGGCGGUGGAGUGGCUCCUCCUGGACCAGGUCUGGCUCGUGCUGGCUCAAAUGAUCUGGGCGUGUUGAUUGGGUUGGGAGGCGCCGGGGUCUUGGCUGGGUGGUGGAUUCGCCAGGUUGGAGAUCUUGUGUUUGUGGGUGAGUCUAGAUCCCUGCUUGUUCCUGUGGCUGAUUUGUGGAGGCGGGAUAUUGCUAGGGUUUUGGUUAGCUGUGGGGGAAGAUGAUCAAGCAGAUCCUUGGCCGCCUGCCAAGGAAGCCAGGGAAGAACGGCGAUAGCCGCGAUGUUGCUGGGCCGAACGGCAAUGAACCGUCGAAUUCAUACAGCGUUGCCAGGAGCGUGGAGCAAGGGAACAAGAGGAGCGGAAAUGGGGAGUAUGUGGUGCCAGCUGGGCCGGCUUCCAAUCUGAUGAUGAAUGGGAGUGUGGUGUAUCACUCCAAUGAGCCGCUGCCGGCGUUCAAGGAUGUGCCGGCCUCGGAGAAGCAGAAUUUAUUUGUCAAGAAGGUGAACCUGUGCUGUGCUGUGUACGAUUUCACAGAUCCGACAAAGAAUUUGAAGGAAAAGGAGACAAAGCGCCAGACGCUUAUGGAACUUGUUGAUUAUGUCACUUCUGCAAAUGGCAAGUUCUCUGAAGCCGUCAUGUCAGAGAUUACCAAGAUGGUGUCAAUUAACUUGUUUCGGAGCUCCAGCCCCACCCCUCGUGAGAACAAGGCUAUCGAAGGAGUUGAUCUGGAGGAGGAGGAGCCUCUAAUGGACCCAGCAUGGUCACAUUUACAAAUAGUUUAUGAGGUUUUCUUGAGGUUUGUAGCAUCACAGGAGACAGAUGCGAAGCUGGCUAAGAGAUACAUAGAUCAUUCCUUCAUUCUUAGGCUACUAGAUCUUUUUGACUCUGAAGACCCCAGGGAAAGGGAUUAUUUAAAGACGAUCCUCCAUCGCAUAUAUGGUAAAUUCAUGGUGCACCGCCCUUUCAUCAGGAAAGCAAUCAACAACAUUUUCUACAGGUUUAUAUUUGAAACAGAGAAGCAUAAUGGUAUCGCAGAGCUGUUGGAGAUCUUGGGAAGCAUAAUUAAUGGUUUUGCUCUUCCACUUAAAGAAGAACACAAACUGUUCCUUAUCCGUGCACUGAUCCCACUUCACAAGCCAAAGUGUGUCUCAAUGUACCAUCAGCAAUUAUCAUACUGCAUCACGCAGUUUGUUGAGAAGGACUGCAAACUUGCUGACACUGUUAUUAGGGGCUUGCUGAAAUAUUGGCCUGUGACAAAUAGUUCGAAGGAGGUGAUGUUCUUAGGUGAACUGGAAGAGGUUUUGGAGGCAACACAGCCUGCAGAAUUCCAAAGAUGCAUGGUUCCACUCUUCCGUCAGAUUGCCCGUAGCAUGAAUAGCUCACAUUUCCAGGUGGCAGAGCGGGCACUGUUUCUAUGGAACAAUGACCACAUUGAGAACUUAAUUAAGCAGAAUUACAAGGUGAUAUUACCCAUCAUUUUCCCUGCACUUGAGAGGAAUGCCAGGGGUCACUGGAACCAAGCUGUGAGAAGCCUGACAUUGAAUGUUCGCAAGAUCUUCUCAGAUCAUGAUUCUGCAUUUUUCGGGGAGUGCACGCAGAAGUUUAACGACGAUGAACUCAAGCAGGAAGAAUCUAAUUCAAAGCGAGAAUCUUUAUGGAAGCGCUUAGAGGAGGCGGCUGUCCCCAGAUCCGACAACCCUGUGGGCACGCCCAAUGGCAAAUGCAAUCAUGCAGCUGGCUAGAAUACCGAUACCAAUUACAGUCGUGCAAUCCUUUGACCCAUGUGCGAUUCUCUGGAACUUGGUUUGUGAUUUUAGUGUUGAAAAUUUUUUGUUGGUGAGUUGGUUCCCCCCCUGUUCUAGGCGGGUAGGAUGUCUUUGGUUUCCUGAGAACUGCAUGAUGAAAAAUGUACACAUACAGAAGAAUUUCCGAGAGCUUUGCCAUAUGUGUAGUCACAUUAAUCAGAACUAUCAUAUAGUUGAAUAAACAGUGUUGGGUUUCUAUUGCGGAUACACAGUUGGGCAGCAUACUGUAAUGGCA